GAAAUCAGUUCAGGUCAAUUUAUAACUCGGAAAAUAAGAAAACGUAACAAAAACAACCUCCAAAAUGUUAAAGUUGAUAAAAUUAGAUUGCUAUUGCUCCUCGUUUUCUAUUGCAAUGUCUAUUGUAGGCGUCACUCCAGAAAACUGGUAACAACGACUUUUUACAAUAUUAAAGUGCAUGGUAUUGUUUCAUUGGGAUAUGGAUGAUUGAAAUGAAUGUGUGUGUGUGUUUACGUAGGUGAGUUAUGCACGAACUCCGAUCUUACAAUCAACACACACACACACACACACACACACACACACCUUCCGGGUAUACAUGCACACACACAAAAUUUCCGGGUACAGACAGGCAAUUUACGCCAUUACAUCACCCACGUGCAUACACUCCCCUCCCCUACACCCAAUCACACUCAACUAACGCACAUGUCCACCUAAUACAAGGCACCCAUAUAUAAACUUAGCCCAGCCCUUCCUUCGUGCCACUCCCCUCGAUCACCAUUCCCCACCACCACCAACCGAUCCAUCUUCUUCAUACUACUACUGCUACUACUACUACUAUUACUACAAUUUCACGAUGGCUGCUACUCAGAUUGGUCCACUGCUCUUGCUACUGCUGCUGCUACUUUUCGACGUCCUGGUGGUAGCACAGCAGGAAGGGAACAGCCUGAGGAGCCAAGCACCGGGUCUCGUUGAUGGGGGCGAGUUCGACAUCUCCUCGCACCUUGUGGACAUCGCACUGCAAGGGGGCCUCUUCUUCCCUGUGGUGGAGGCGUCCCGGGGCGUCACCUCCUUUCCGCAACCCCGACAAGCAACAGUAGAGGAGGGAAGGACAAAAUCCACAUCGACAGCAAAGCAUUUCAUAAGCGGGGCGGCAAUGUGCGGCUCCUACACUCUCGUCAUGGGUGAAGCCGUGGCCCCGGCGACUCCUAACUUCCCUGAGAACUACACUGCCAAUUUUGACUGCACCUGGUCCAUCAAGACACAGGCCACCAGACUCAUGCUGACCUGUUCGUCCUUCACGCUCGGGGACGGCGACUACCUCUCGGUACAGUACGGCCAGGACACCGCGCUGAUGUUCCAGGGACAAACAGGGCCCCAAGACGUGGUGUAUCCUUCCCAAAGCCUCGUGUUAGGCUUCCACUCCGACUGCCGCACUGAAGCAAGGGGCAUGAGCUGCUACGUAGAAGCCAUGGGCCUCGCCCCGGACUGGAUGACUUACCCGGAGUGUGGUUUGCCCAAUAGGAGAAACCAAAAUCGUAUUACAGGAGGAUCAGAAGCCGCUGAGCAUGAGUACCCCUGGCUGGCGCUGCUCGUCAUCCUCUGGAGUGACUUCAAAGUGACCUGCUCAGGCUCCCUCAUUCACCCCCAAUGGGUCAUCACGGCCUCACACUGCCUCCUCAGAAGGAAGAACGGACAGGUGUGGACGCCCCGAGUGACGGUGCACCUGGGCGUGGUGACGAGAGAGCAGGGCGGCCAGGUGGAGGUGGAGGCGAGCACUGUCAUCCUUCACCAGAAACUCAACUUUCAUUACGACGUGGCUCUGCUGAGACUGGAGCGCUCUGUUGACUUCUCUGCCGCCAUACGCCCCAUCUGCCUGCCGCCCCGGAGCCUCAGCAUGUCGCCAGAGGGAGCCCGAGUAGAGAUCGCGGGCUGGGGCAACGACGAGACCGGCACAAAGAGCAACGUGCUGAAGGUGCUAGAGCGGCUCGGCAUGUCCUGGGAGAAGUGCAAGGCGUGGUUCCCCAAAUACAUCACGCAACACCACUUCUGCACCUACGGCAGGGACAGGCGGCACAUUUGUGUGGGUGACUCGGGAGGGCCGGUGAUGGUGGAAGUGGAGGGUCGCCUGGCGCUGCUCGGGGUCACCAGCUUCACCGCCACAGCUUCCUGCAACGGCACCGAGCCCGAUGGACACACUUCAGUCCCUCACUUCCUGGACUGGAUACAGCAAGAGACAGGCAUCAAACUCCCUGUCUAAGUACACAUCGCGGAUCAAACCUUUCGGGAUCUUACCUCGCCUUUUGAAUAUCUCUAGAAGUUAAGGUUUUUAAGGGCGAUUCCAUAAUAUUAGUGAUAAUUUAAGAAGUCUCAUCGUCAUUGGGAAAAACGCUCAUAAGAAUCCAAUUAAUGAUCUCUAUGGUCUUUGAAUUAGUUCUUAUGAGUCUUAGGUAUUUUUAAAUUAGGAUCUUAGUUUUCAGAUUUGUAUUGCAUUGUUCAAGGCAAUUAUUUCACAAUAACGUAAAAUGUUAGAAAAGUUUUAAGCAUCAAACUGGCAAUUUACCAUGUGACACUGAGGAAGUUUAGAUAUUUAUGUGGCAGAGAAUUAAGGUUGGACAAAAAAGACAUAACACUGGAUGCAAAAAGGUGUAACAGCUGCCAAGAAUGUGAGAUAAGAAAUUUUAAUUUUAUUCACCACUAAGAAAAAUCACUAACUAUCACAGCAAUUACCAUAACAACCUUAGUGGAUAAAACUGCUUUUCAGACAACCUCAUGUUCUUUCAUCCAGGCCAAAGGUGCUGGACUGAUACCCAUGUCACUGAGCACAGGGUGUCAGGACGUUCAGCUGACUUUGAAGACCCGAGAGAAGAAUGAGUGAUUGUAUCUUGAGAUGAAAUGAAAGUGUCAUGCAUGUAAUAAAACUUGCAAUAGUGAAUU